CAUACGGUGCCGUUUGUUUAUCUCCUCCCCGAUCCCAAAACCCUACACUACAACAGCGCCAAGCUCCUUAAUCCCCAUUUUCACUUCACAGCAUGCUUCAAGAAAAACGAUGCUCUCUUCUUCUUCUCGUCGCCGUCUUCUUCUUCUCUGCUGAAGAAUAUUGAUCUCUCUAUAAAGUAAAUAUUAGCUAGAAAUAGUAAAACAUGCCGGCCUUAUCGAGAGGCCUCAUCUCUCGUCUCCAUCAGAUACUGUCACUCAAUUCAAGAACAACACAGUCAGCUUCACCUCCAAUAGCAACAACACAGUUGUACCUCUUGAGAAGAUUUAGCAGUGAUGCUCUGGUUGACGGUUCUGAGAUUCAGUACCAACAACCAAGCCGGAUCAUUGAAGCAAAACCGGGUGUAAUGACCCCGAAUUCAAAGCGAACCGGAGUGAUUGCGGUCAAAUGUGGAAUGACUGCUCUUUGGGAUAAAUGGGGUGCUAGGAUUCCCAUUACUGUCUUAUGGGUCGAUGAUAAUAUUGUCUCUCAAGUUAAAACUGUUGAAAAAGAAGGCUUUUUUGCUUUACAGGUUGGUUGUGGGCAGAAGAAAGAGAAGCAUUUGACGAAGCCGGAAGUGGGUCAUUUUAGAGCUCAAGGUGUCCCCAUGAAGAGGAAAUUAAGGGAGUUUCCUGUUACUGAAAAUGCUCUUCUUCCUGUUGGUACUUGCAUUGGUGUUCGACAUUUUGUUCCUGGUCAAUUUGUUGACGUCGCUGGAAUCACUAUGGGCAAAGGUUUUCAGGGUGGUAUGAAAAGGCAUGGGUUUAAAGGAGGGCCAGCAAGUCAUGGUGCAUCCCUAUCACAUCGAAGUAUUGGUUCUACAGGUCAGAGGGAUGCUCCCGGGAAGGUAUUUAAAGGCAAAAAGAUGCCUGGGCGCAUGGGUGGAGUGCAGAGAACGGUUAAAAAUGUUUGGGUCUACAAAAUAGAUCCAGCAAGGAAUCUGAUGUGGGUGAAAGGCCAAGUCCCUGGCGCUGAAGGGAACUUUGUGUUCAUAAAAGAUUCUGUUUUCAAGAAACCUGAUAUUCAGAUACUUCCAUUCCCAACUUACUUUGAAACAGAAGAUGAUGAUAAUUCAGAACCUCUAGUUGCCGAUCUUGGUGAAGUAGAUCCAUUUAUGGUUGCAGAUUGAUUGAUAGUAGCAAAAGCAGGUUUCCUCUUGUCAAGUUUAAUUGCCUUGCAGUCACCAUUUUUUGGUGAACACGUUUAAGUGUGAUGGGCUUAUUAUGCUCAGAGCAAUCAACGGAGGCUGUUAAUGCAGUUCUUUAUUUUUAUUUUUUUGCCGAGGGACUGGAGGUGAAGGGCUUGUGAUUUUGUCAUCGAGAGGUUUAACACCUUUGUUUUUUUAUCCUUUCAAGGGGAUUUUGUCUCAAAUAAAUAUAGGAACUUAUGAAUGCCUGAAAUGUUAGUUAACAUUCAUUGUAAAA